UGAAACGAAUGAUUUAACAAAAGCUAUCGAACAAUAUCUUUCAAAUGAUAAUGUUAGAACAGAAGUUUUAACAUCAUACAAUGAUUCAGUUUUAACAGCAUUACAAUCAAAUAUUAUAUCUUUGAAACUUGCAAGUCAAACAUUAAAAUUGAAAAAAGUUGAACGUCAAAAUGUUGGUAUAUUACUAAGAACAUUAGCAAAUGAAUAUGGUUUUAAUGAUAUCUCUUCAAAUCCGCAAUAUUCACAAGAAUUACAAUCGUCACGAUUCUCAUAUGAAAAUUUAUUUACAUCUCGACCUAGCAGUGAAACUAUUGAUGUGACCAUUAUGAAAUAUAUUUGGAUACUUGGUCAAAGUCUUGAUAAUUCGACAUAUACAAUUAAUUUUCUAUUUUUGAAUAUUACUUCACAAUCCUUAAUCGAAAAGCUCUUAUAUAACCAAUCUAUGAACACAAAUGAUCAUAAAAGUAAAACGAAUAUUGUACGAACAUCAGUGCUAACAGAUGAUGGUAAAUUUUGGCGUGAAAAUCUAAUAACAUUAGUAACAUCAUGGCAAUUAAAGAUAACAACUACUAUACUGAAUAUUUUACGUUUCAUCGGUGCUAGUGUAUUUGUUCCAAAAACACAUCGAAUGUUGUCCUACUUUAAUCCAAUAACACUUUCACCAGAAACAUUUACGAAUAGUAUGAUUCAUAAAGAAUCACGAACACUUGCUGCGAAAAUAAUUGCCUUAUCUCAAGCUGUUUCAGCUGCUGCUAAGGCAUGGAAAGAUAUUGUGAGCGCACUUCAAUCAAGUAGUUCCACCACGAUUACAAGAAUCAUUCGUUUAGGCUUUACAUAUUUCCAUCAGAAAUCAUCAACUUUUAAAGUAAUUGAUAUUCCAGCUAAUAAAGUAGAUGAAUUCGUAAAUGCAAUCAUUUUCGAUUAUAAUUUACCCUCAAAAGGUAGUUUUAUGCUUGGUUUAACUUAUUCAGAUGAUUUUGCAUGGGAUCGUAUCGAAUAUCUUUAUUCGCCUGCUAUGAAUGGAACAUAUCGUUCAGUGACAUUGUUCAAAAAUGGUGAUAGUACAAAAAAUACUGCUUCAUUCUUUAUUGUUGAUAUUGAUGCAGACUGGCAAUUAGCACCUGAUUUGUUAUUAAUUCGUGAAUCUAAAAGUAUAUUAGGUGGCAUAUGGCAAGAAACAAAAGAAUCAAUACAAGAAGUGCCACACAUGUUAACUAUGGAUGAAGCUGUUUUAUUACAGCAAUUCUUCAUGGUUAUUGCAUUGGGUAAUAUGGCUGCCAGUUUAGGUGUCAAUGCAACGUAUCCGUCAUGA